AUUUCUGAGUUAGUGUGGACGAUCCAACCGCAGCCAGAGAUGAGCGAUGUCUUUGACCUCAACAGGUAGUUUUCGAGUUGCCCCGGCAAGUUAUGUAUUUGUUGUUUGCACUUUGUAAGAUGUAGACAGAUUACUGUAACACUCGAAAAUCUAAAUCCGUGUUGAAUAAACGCGCUUAUAUUCCUCGUACAGAUAUCCUCAAGGGGAAUACCUCAGUCCAGAGAUGAAAGGUAUUUUGGACGUUUCGCUUUUCAAAUGGAUGCUGCUGAUAUGUUUUUUUGCUCUGACAUCGUGCAGGAAACAGUGUGGAGAUAUAUUUGGAAGACUUAUGAAUCUUCCGUGUUUCUGUGAUCAAGAUUUACGAAACGGAACUAUCGUCGAUUGCGAUAGAGUUUCGUUUGCUGGUAAUUUUCCGGUUCUUCCUCAUCGUUACAGAAUCCAUGGAUAUCGUCAAAGACACGCCGGAAUACAAACUUUAGAAACAUUAUUAUUUACAGCCAGUGCUAUACCUCUGGAAACUGUGGAUUUCUCUCAUAAUCUCUUACGAAGAUUGACAGAAAGAAUGUUUGAUGGUGUACAAAACACCUUAGAAGAAAUAUAUCUUGGUCACAAUAAGUUAGGUGAUCAGCUCAAUCCAAUAUUUUCAACCAGUGAACUUCGACAAUUAAGAAAUCUUAAAAUUUUAGAUUUAUCCUCUAAUCAAUUAAGAUCUAUCGAUUCCAGAGUUUUUGAAGGACUAAUUAGUUUGGAGAUAUUGAAUUUGGAGCUGAACGAUUUGAGUGUUGUUCCUACAGAAAGUUUAAAAGACUUAAUCUCGCUUAAAUCUCUUCUACUGCAAGAAAACGAUUUAAUAGAAUUAUCAAGAUCAUCUUUUCCCAAGCUUCAAUCUCUAACGACCUUAAAUUUGACAGGAAAUCAAAUUUCGUCUCUUCAAGAUGGGACGUUCUUCAAUUUAACGUAUUUAAAAGUAUUACUAUUAAGAAAAAACAAGCUUCGUCGGAUAACUGAAGACGUAUUUACAGGAUUAAGAGCAAUAGAAGUGUUGGAUUUGUCAAAUAAUUUCUUCCAUACUGUACCUCUGAAUUCUCUCGAAAAAAUUCCAACUUUAAAAGAGCUUUAUCUCCAUUCCAACAAAAUAAAAUCGUUAGAUGGAAUAUCUUUAACAGCCUUAAAAGAUUUAGAAAUUUUAAAUUUAAGCAGAAAUAGGAUUUUUAUAUUUCCAAGCAAUUUUUUCACCGGUGUCAGUAAAUUGAAAUCGUUAAUCAUCGAUUUGAAUAACAUAUACAAUCCAAAUAAUAAAACGUUUCGUGGAUUAGAAAAUCUAAAUGAACUUUCCAUGCAACACAACUCUUUUUUGAAUUUUCCAUCUCUUACAACUUUUACGAAUCUUCGUAAGUUAAAUGUAAAUUAUAAUAGAAUCAAAGCUCUUCCGAAAAAUAUUUUGAUGUCUGUUAAUCAAUUAGAUGAAUUAUCAUUAUCAUAUAAUCUUAUAACUGAGAUUCCGGAUGGAACUUUUCAAAAUUUUAUCAAUUUACGUGUGCUCAACUUGCGUGGAAACAAUCUUCCACAACUAUCUAGUGAUAAACUGAGAAUAUCUAGCAGCACUCUAGAGCAUCUGGAUCUAGGAAAUAACGAUAUAUCCCGAGUUACCAGACUGGAUUUUCCUCGAAUGGUAUCUUUAAAUUUAGAUAACAACAAAUUAUCAACACUUUCACCAGAUAGUUUCGAUCAAAUGACAAACUUAAAGCAUUUAAAUCUAAGCAGAAAUAGACUAGAACGGUUAUUUCCUGACUCAUUUAUCAAAAUUCAUGGACUGUUAAAUUUAGAUUUGAGUCAUAAUUUGUUAACUUAUAUUCCAUCUCAAGCAUUUUUAAAUUUAACUGUUUUUAGAUUGAAUAAUAAUAGAUUAAAAGAACUUAGAGAAAGUUAUUUUAAGAAUAUGCAUUCCUUAAAGUUUUUAUAUCUUGGAUAUAAUGGAUUAACUGAGAUAGAAAAAGCUACUUUCGAUACUUUGCCUGCUUUAAAAUAUUUAGAUUUGAGUAAUAAUGAAUUAACUUCGUUUAGAGCUGAAAUAUUUAAUAAAGUAGAUAAUUUAGAAGAGUUAAAUCUUAGUAAUAAUUAUAUUACUUAUCUAUAUCCAAACUCUUUUCGAGUCCACCCUCAACUAAAGAGCGUCAAUCUUGACUCUAACAGGUUAUCUUUCUUGCCAACAGAAAUAUUAUCUUCUUUAAAUAAUCUAGAACAUGUAAUAUUAAGUCGAAAUUUGUUAAAAUCGCUACAAGCUUUUGAUUUUUCCAAUUUGCCGAAUCUUAGGACAGUUGAACUUCAAGAAAACGAGAUAAGUAAAAUAGAUGAAAAAGCAUUUCAGAAUUCGAGUCAACUCCACUGGAUUUAUCUUCGAGAUAAUUUCAUUACUUCACUUUCACCGGCAACUUUUAAAGGAAUUUAUAGGCUAAAUCUCGAUUUAAGCGGAAAUAAUUUGAAUUCUCUUCCUAACGACCUCUUCAAUAGGCAAUCUGUAUUCAAAUUAGAAAGUAUUAACCUUGCUCGAAACGAUUUUCGGGAAUUUCCGACAACUGCAUUAAAAAAACAAUAUUCGUAUCUAGAAAAAGCGAAUAUUUCUCUGAACAAAAUUUCAAAUCUUCCAUCUAAUUCUGAUGUAUUAGUUAACGUAAAACAGCUGGAUUUAUCUGAUAAUCCUCUUUCUAAUGAAGCUUAUCAAGUUAUAUUUGGUGAGCCUAAAAGUGUCCGGAAGUUGUAUGUAAGAAACGUUGGAAUAAAAAGUUUACCGACGAUAGAAAGCCCAUUUUUAAAAGAACUCGAUUUAUCAGGUAACGAAUUAAAGAGCAUCGAAGAUGUAAUAUUCCAAAAAGCAAGCUCAUUGACUUCACUAAAUCUAUCUGGAAAUAAAAUCCCUAACAUCAGGGUUCAUUUAAACAACGUUUGGUUGAAAUUACCUCGUCUGUCUGAAUUAAUUUUAUCGAGUAAUCCUUUAGUAUACAUUUCCAGAAGCGAUUUUUCUAAUUUAAAAAAUCUUAAAGUGCUACGCUUGGAUAAUCUCACAGAAAUUACUCAAUUCGAUUGCGAAGGACUUCGUGGAUUGACAAAAUUACGUGAACUGUGGUUAUUUGGUUAUCCGUUGUUGCAUAAUAUCGAUAUCAAAUAUUGUUUAGCUGAUAUCAUUGGAGUGGAACGAUUGAAAGUGGAAAUCAAAGAUCCACAACUUCAGGAUCAAUUGCAUUCAAUUUUUUCUCCUCGCUUGAAAGAGUUGGCAAUUACGGGAAAAGAACUGAUGUCACUUUCGAGUAGUUCACUUGCAGGAAUUAAUAGUCCCGAAAUAACGAUAUCUUUACCCGACAAUGGAAUUGCUUCGUUAUCUUCUAAUGUUUUUAGACCUCUUCCACUUAUGUCUAAGAUUAUAUUCGACCUUUCCAAGAGCCAACUAAGAACGAUAACUCCAGAUAUUUUGACUGCAAUUUUAAAUAAACAAGUAGACAUAACCAUGUUAGGUAUAGAGAAUAACCCCAUAUCGUGUGAUUGUCAUCUCGUUCCUUUAUGGAAGUAUUUGCGAGAAAAGACACUUCCAUAUAAAUUUUUAUGCUUCAGUCCACCACAUUUACGUAGUCGACGCGUAAAGAGUCUGAAAGAGAACGACUUAGUGUGUACAGAAGAUAGUACCACUGUACUUCCGAGCACAAAAUCUCAGAAACCGAUAAUUCAGACAACGUUGUCCUACGAAGUGUUAUACGAACAGACCACAUCUCGUAGACCCGCAAUGUCCGUUCCACCUAGUGCAAUUAACAAGACUACAUUAACCAAGGUUGAUACCAUGAUCAUCGGAAUAAUUGCCGGAGUAGUUGCCUUUGUCUGUAUCUUGAUUAUCAUUAUCUGUAUCAUUCGACUGAGACGAGCACGCCCUCACUAUACAGCCGGUCCAUUAGCAGGACCUUUGGCUCUUAGAGCACAAGGAAAAUGCACCUGUCUUAAACCUCCACCGACCACCUGCACUUGUUACCCACCAUUUCCGCUUGCCAUUACCUAUCCGAGAAUGAAUCAACAGACAUUGCCCGCUCCUACUAAACUUCUUCCUCUUCCUGCACCACCAAUCGGUUCGGGAAGACAAAGACCUCGAAAAAGUCCAUCUUAUUACGUUACUUAUCCCGAAAGCGAUAAUGAAAAUAGAUGAAUCAAUGCAUCUAUAUAAUUAAAAUUCUAAAUGUUCCUUGAGACCAGAAAUUCUGGUUUUAAUGAAUUCUACAGCUAGAGAUAUCGACAAGUUUUUUCACCUUCAGAUGCAGUCAAUUUAUGAUUAUAGCCAAGUAAGAGAUGCAGAUUAUAAUUUUUACUGAUGAAAAAUAAGGGAAAUUGACUAAAAUCAAGCAUUAAAUUGCCAUAUUUUCUGAGAUUCUAAUUUUUACACCAUUACGGGUAUUAUAUGUAAUUCGUGUUUGUUGUCUCGUGAUACGUUUCACCGUUGUAAUCUGUAAUAUUACCGAUUACAAACAUGUAAAUAAGGUUUACAUAGCUUAGAAUAAAAUGAACUGUGUAAUUUCAAACAUUAUGGAAAAAAUUUCAUCUUAAAAAUCAAAUUUUGAAUUUGAUUUUAGUAACUUUUUUCCAGUUUCAAUUCUCUAAAUGCAA